GGGAUGGGGGCUUGAGGACCGGGUGUCCCAGCCUGGGAAAGCCCCGCGGGGAGGGGCGAUGGAUUUGAGGUGGGGUUUGGGGGAGAGGAAGCCGGACAAUUUCCUGCCUUCAGUGAGGACUCUGCUCUGAGGGCCUCCCCACCAGUGGCCCAAUAGUGAUACUCACUUCCAGCCCUAGAUUGGCUCAUGUUUCAUCGGCUCAGGCUGUGACAGCUGGAGGGCCUAGGGAACAAAGGUCCCCUCUCCCCACCCUGGUCUCCCACCCUUCACCGUCUCCCCAGAGAGGCGGGUGAUUCCCGACAUCCCCAGGCGCGGGCACUAGGGGGUGCAGAGCGCUGAUGGGCUGGGGCUGGCUCCCAGACACCUGCCAGGUGAAGGUGGGGGCGAGACUGAUUUCCAGAGCUGACCCGGAUUCAGUGUGCACAAAUGACUUCAAGGCCUUCUCAGGCCACCUUCAAAGGUCCCUGCUCUCUGAAAUCCACCUUCCCACACCUGUGUGUGAGGACAUCACCUUGGGAGCUCCUGGGGACAGCUGAUGGGGAGAGGUUGGGCAGAGCCAGGGCUCAGGUGGAAGCUGAGAAGAAUCUGAACAAGGAUGUGCUUUCUCCUUAGGGUCCGGAGCCUGAGCCCAGGAGGAGUUCCCCUGGGUUGCCAUGAGAGAGACCUUGGAGGGCCUCAGCUCCCUGGGAUUCUCUGUGGGACAGCCAGAGAUGGCCCCUCAAACCGAGCCUGGAGAAGGGUCCCAUAACAGCCAGGAGCACAUGGCCCCUCCCCAGGAAGAGGAAGCGCUGGGCACAUGCUCAGGGGAUGAGUGGAUGAUUCGGAAGGUGAAGGUGGAGGAGGAGGAUCAGGAGGCAGAAGAAGAGGCGGAAUGGCCUCAGCAUCUGUCACUAAUCUCCAGCCCCUUUCCAGCGCCUGACCUGGGGCCUCUGGCCGCCACGUAUAAGCUGGAGCCUGGGGUCCCAGGGACAUUGGGUGGGCUAGCGCUGGCCGGGUGGGUCCCCACCUCGGAGAAGCCCUAUGGCUGCGGGGAGUGCGAGCGGCGGUUCCGAGACCAGCUGACCUUGCGGCUGCACCAGAGGCUGCACCGCGGGGAGGGCCCCUGCGCCUGCCCGGACUGCGGCCGCAGCUUCACGCAGCGCGCGCACAUGCUGCUGCACCAGCGCAGCCACCGCGGCGAGCGGCCCUUCCCCUGCUCCGAGUGCGACAAGCGCUUCAGCAAGAAGGCUCACCUGACCCGCCACCUGCGCACGCACACGGGCGAGCGGCCCUACCCGUGCGCGGAGUGCGGCAAGCGCUUCAGCCAGAAGAUACACCUGGGCUCGCACCAGAAGACGCACACGGGCGAGCGGCCCUUCCCCUGUCCCGAGUGCGAGAAGCGCUUCCGCAAAAAGACGCACCUGAUCCGCCACCAGCGCAUCCACACCGGCGAGAGGCCCUACCAGUGCGCGCAGUGCGCCCGCAGCUUCACGCACAAGCAGCACUUGGUGCGGCACCAGAGGGUGCACGAGGCGGCCGGCCGCGCCCCGCCCUGCCCCGACGCUCCCGCCUCGCCCCCUUCCCCUGCCCCGUCCCCUCCCGGGCCCAAGCCUUUCUCCUGCUCCGACUGCGGCCUGAGCUUCAGCUGGAAGAAGAGUCUCGCCACGCACCAGGGUCUGCACGGCAGCCGGGGGCGCCCUUUCGGAUGCGACGGGUGCGCACUGGGCGCCACCGUGGACCCCGCCGCCGCUGAGCCCUUGGCCUGCGCGCCCCGGAGCGCAGCGGCGCCCGAGGGCGCUCCCACGAGCGAGCGGUCCUUCUUCUGCCCGGACUGCGGGCGCGGCUUCGCCCACGGGCAGCACCUGGCGCGGCACCGGCGGGUGCACACGGGCGAACGGCCCUUUGCCUGCGCGCAGUGUGGCCGCCGCUUCGGCUCGCGGCCCAACCUGGUGGCCCACUCCAGGGCCCACAGCGGCGCCAGGCCUUUCGCUUGUGCCCAGUGCGGCCGCCGCUUCAGCCGCAAGUCGCACCUGGGCCGCCACCAGGCGGUGCACACGGGCAGUCGGCCCCACGCCUGCGCCGUAUGCGCCCGUCGCUUCAGCUCCAAAACCAACCUGGUCCGCCACCAGGCCAUCCACACCGGCUCCCGCCCCUUCUCCUGCCCGCAGUGCGGCAAGAGCUUCAGCCGCAAGACUCACCUGGUGCGACACGAGCGCAUCCACGGCGGAGCCGCCCACCCGGCCUCCGAAUCCGACCUCUCGGCCCCAGCCUGGCCCACUCCCACCGAGGUGGCGGCGCCCACACUCCUCUUCUGACCCUGCCUUUGCCUUUGGCUCACUGGAUCCGGGGACCCGUGCCUGGCACACCUCCUGGGCAAGUGAGGGUGGCGACCUGGAUUCCUGCUGGCCAUUUUCCUUGCCGCUCCAUCUUGCUGGGGAGAAGACUGGAAAAGAUAAACGGCUUUGACGGUGACAAAGCCAGGCUAAGAGCGAACGCUUGCUGGGAACAUUUCAGGCCUGAGCCCCUGGAAGGCCCCACCAAGAGACCUCAUCAGAAAGCAGUCAUUUCCUGGACCACUCUUGGCCAAGGACUAAGUCAGGAACCUCUUCGGGGCGAGGGAAAGAACGGUUAUCCAUAUAGUUAGAGUUUCAUUAAAAUGAAAAUCUGAAGGUU